AUGGCUAACUUCAAGCUUUUCCUUGCGCUGGCCGCAUGCCUGUCUGGACAGGCUCUGGCUGCCCCGACCAAGACCAUCGGCAAGCGUGCUGCUAUCACUGACGUUGCCCACGGUUACGCUAGCCAGAACGGUGGCACCACCGGUGGUGCCGGCGGUACCACCACCACCGUCUCCUCCUACGCCCAGUUCACCGAGGCUGUCUCCAGUGACGAUGCCAAGAUCGUCAUCGUUGAUGGCACCAUCACUGAGACGGCCGAUCAGGUGAAGGUGGGCAGCAACACCAGCAUCAUCGGAAAGGACGCCAACGCCAUCCUUGAGGGAUUCGGCCUUCUCGUCAAGGAGAAGGAGAACGUCAUCAUCCGUAACCUGGGUGUCAAGAAGGUCCUCGCUGACAACGGCGAUGCCAUUGGUGUCCAGUACUCCAACAACGUCUGGAUCGACCACUGUGACGUCUCCUCCGACCGUGACCACGACAAGGACUACUACGACGGUCUGAUCGAUCUCACCCACGCCGCCGACUACGUAACCGUCUCCAACACCUUCGUCCACGACCACUGGAAGGCCAUGUUGUUCGGCCACUCCGACAGCAACGGCGACGAAGACACCGGCCACCUCCGCAUCACCGUCAACAACAACUACCUGAACAACCUGAACUCUCGCGGUCCUUCCUUCCGCUUCGGUACCGGCCAUCUCUACAACAACUACUAUCUGGACGUCAGCGACGGCAUCAACACCCGCCAGGGCGCCCAGCUGUUGGUCGAGGGCAACGUGUGGUCGGGCGGCAAGAAGCCCCUCUACUCCACCGAUGACGGAUACGCUGUUGCUCGGGACAACGACUUCGGUGAUGGCGAGAACACUGCUCCUGAGGGUACCCUUACCAGCGUUCCCUACGAGUACGACCUCCUUGCUGCUUCGGCUGUUAAGGAUGCCGUUGUCGGUACCGCUGGUCAGACCUUGACCUUUUAA